AUCGCCUUGCUUGUCUAUAGUCUGAUCUCGACGUCUAUCGACAGCAGGCAACCUAAUCACUCGACUCGCAUCCGCCAUGUCGUCUGUGAAGCAUGAAGCAGGGGAGGAGGGCGAGACCUUUGUCCACAAGGUCGCCGUCGAGAUGUCGCGCAUUAUGAACUCGGCCACCCCAAACGAGAUCCUUGCUCAGCGAGUGAUCGAAAUCGCCCGCGGGAACCGAACUGGCACAUCCUUCGUCAAGGCUGUCUCCCUCUUUGGCUCGUUCCCAGAAGAGGCGAUAUUGUCUCUGCACACUCGCAUUCUCACGCAUGAGGCUAUGAGGUCCUCGGCGGGCCUCAAGGUCGAGGGUAUGGACCACGAAGACGGCGACGUUCUCGCCGCCGACGCGCCGCGCAAGGGUGGUCUGAGGAAACCCGGUGGCGACGGCCCCAAGUUUGUGGCCAGGCCGGCGUCCCAAACGUCCCAGUACGGUCUGGAUAGGCUCGCUGCUCAGAAGCGUGCCGAGGCCGCUGGAAUCAAGUCGGAGCCGCCGAGCAAGCGCGUCAAGGUUGAGGUCGACGAGGAUGAGAACGGGGUGUCCAAGGCAGGAGGCGUAUUCAAGGUCCCAGCGAUCCCUGUCAAGCGCGAGACCGUCCGUGUCAAACCCGAUGAGACGCCCAGCCACGGCGGAGGUCUGUCCGACUCUGCUCGGCAGAAGCUGGAGGCGUAUCGACGUCAGAGGAACAUGCCUUCGUCGUCGACCACCGCCGACUCGCACGAUAAGCGAGAACACCGCGGCAUUGACGACUAUCAGUCGCGGUUGAACAAAGGCUCCUGGCAGGACAGGGAAAGGCGGCGAGACGAUCGGGGAUACAGGCGGGACGACCGCGACUACGGCCGGCGCGACGACCGACGUGAUGACAGGCAAGACCGAUCAAACGGCGACCGUCGGGACAACUGGUCGGACGCACCACGGUCAGCCCGCUCCCAGCGCGACCUCGAUGGCGGAAGUGUCCGUGUGCCUAAUCGUGGCUGGGACGAGACCCCAAGUCGUGGCCCAGGAGCCGGUGGAUGGGGCAAGGGUGGCGACAGCUCUCGGCCAGGCAGGAGUUGGGAUGAAACUCCCAGCCGAAGGAGUCGUGGUGCUUCUCCCAGCAACGACGACGGCGAGAUCCUCGUCGACGGCAAGGAGUGGGAGGAGGAGCAGGUCCGCCUCGACCGCGACUGGUACAACAUUGACGACGAGGGCAUGGUCGCUGGCGACGAGGAGCACAACCCAUUCCAGCAGUGGAGCAGCCUCGAGGCGUCCAAGGAGCAGGAGCUGCAAGCCAAGGUCCAGAAGCGACAGACGGCAAGGCAAGCGCAAUUUAACGCCGACACGGACAAGUGGGAGAACAACCGAAUGCUCACAUCGGGUGUGAUGCAGGCGGGAGACAUCGACGAGGACUUUGAGGAAGACCAAGACUCGAAAGUACACGUCUUGGUUCACGACCUCAAGCCUCCAUUCCUGGACGGACGGACAGCGUACACCAAGCAGCUGGAACCCAUCAACCCUGUUCGUGACCCGACGUCUGACAUGGCGGUGUUUGCCAAGAAGGGCAGUACUCUGGUCCGCGACCGCCGAGAGCGCAAAGAGCGUGAGAGGGCGGCCGCCAAGGCCGCCUCCGUUGCUGGUACAACCCUCGGUAACCUCAUGGGCGUGCGCGACGAGCCAGAGCUUGGGGCCGAGGGCCAGAAGGACGGCGUCGACACCAACUACAAGGCCGACUCGCAGUUCGCCAACCACCUGCAGAAGAACGAGGGUGCCUCCGAUUUCUCGCGAACGCGCACACUCAAGGAGCAGCGCGAGUACCUUCCUGCCUUUGCCGUGCGCGAGCAGCUCAUGGCCACGAUCCGUGACAACCAGGUUAUCGUUGUCAUUGGUGAGACUGGAUCCGGAAAGACGACCCAGCUCGGCCAGUUCCUUUACGAGGAUGGCUACACUGCCAAUGGUUUGAUCUGCUGCACGCAGCCGCGUCGUGUUGCCGCCAUGUCGGUCGCCAAGCGUGUCAGUGAGGAGAUGGAGUGUGAGCUUGGUAGCAAGGUGGGCUACUCGAUCCGUUUCGAGGACGUCACGACGAAGGAGACCAAGAUCAAGUUCAUGACGGAUGGUAUUCUGCUGCGAGAAUCACACAGCGAGCCCGAUCUCGACAAAUACUCCGUCAUUAUUCUCGACGAAGCUCACGAACGCUCGUUGAGUACCGACAUCAUCAUGGGUCUUCUGAAGAAGAUUCUCACCCGCCGCCGAGACCUCAAGCUCAUUGUCACCUCGGCCACCAUGAACGCCGACAAGUUCUCGAGGUUCUUUGGCAACGCUGCUCAGUUCACCAUUCCGGGUCGUACCUUCCCGGUCGAAAUCUACCACCACAAGUCGCCGUGUGAGGAUUACGUCGACAGUGCCAUCAAGAAGAUUCUCGAGAUCCAUCUCUCCCUCCCCAAGGGUGACAUUCUCGUGUUCAUGACUGGUCAGGAGGAUAUUGAGACGACAUGUGCUGUCGUUGAAGAACGGUUGGGAAUGGUGGACGAUGCCCCACCAUUGGCGGUUCUUCCGAUCUACUCACAAAUGCCCGCCGACUUGCAGGCCAAGAUCUUCUUGCCCACACCAGACGGUCGUCGCAAGGUGGUCGUCGCAACCAACAUCGCCGAGACGUCGCUUACAGUCGACGGAAUCCUCUACGUGGUCGACUCCGGCUACUCCAAGGUGAAGAUCUACAACCCCAAGGUCGGCAUGGACGCACUGCAGAUCACUCCCAUCUCGCAGGCCAAUGCCGGCCAACGCACUGGUCGUGCCGGUCGUACUGGACCAGGCUUCUGCUACCGCCUGUUCACAGAGUCGGCUUACAUCAACGAGCUGUUCCCCAGCAACAUUCCAGAGAUUCAGCGAACCAACCUCGCCAACACUGUGCUCCAGCUCAAGGACCUCGGUGUCAAGAACCUUCUCGAGUUCGACUUCAUGGACCCGCCUCCGCAGGAGAACAUUCUCAACUCAAUGUUCCAGCUCUGGGUCCUCGGCGCGCUGGAUAACGUCGGCGACCUCACGGACGCUGGCCGCAUCAUGGCCGACUUCCCCAUGGAGCCGUCCCUGGCGAAGAUGAUCAUCGUGGCUGCGGAAUACAAGUGCUCUGCGGAGAUGCUCACCAUCGUGUCCAUGUUGUCCGUCCCGUCCGUCUUCUACCGCCCGCCACAGCGUGCAGAGGAGAGUGACGCUGCUCGUGAGAAGUUCUUUGUGCCGGAGUCCGAUCACCUCACCCUUCUGCACGUCUACACCCAGUGGAAGAACAAUGGCUACAGCGACCACUGGUGCAUGAAGCACUUCCUGCACCCCAAGAUCUUGCGCAAGGCACGCGAGGUCCGUGGUCAGCUGGAGGAGAUCAUGACCUCCCAAAAGCUGCCCAAUGUGUCUUGUGGAACGGACUGGGAUGUUGUGAGGAAAUGCAUUACUGCUGGAUACUUCCACCAGGCCGCCCGUGUCAAGAACCUUGGCGAGUAUGUCAACAUCAGGACAGGAUUGCCUUGCGUCCUUCACCCUACCAGUGCCCUGUACGGUCUGGGCUACAUGCCCGACUACGUCGUGUACCAUGAACUUGUCCUCACGUCCAAGCAGUACAUGAUGUGCGUCACGUCAGUCGACCCAUACUGGCUGGCCGACCUCGGUGGCGUCUUCUUCUCGAUCCGCGAGCGCAACUUCACUGGCCUGGAGCGUGCUCAGGCCAAUCGCGACUUUAGCAAGAAGGCCGAGAUGGAGGCUGACAUGGCCCGCCAGCGUGAGGAAAGGGAACGCGCCGAAGCCGAGCGUCUUCGGAAGGAAGCGGCAUCCCGUACACCAAAGAUUGGCGGCAUUGGCGGUGUUGCCUCGACGCCACGAAGCGCAGCGACCCCCAGACGGGCCGGUAUCGGCGCCGGAGCGCGAACCUCGGCGACACCAAGGAGGAGAGCAGGUGGCAUCUAAUAGAC